CAGACGGCGCCCCCCUUGGUGAGCUGUCCUGGUCGUCCUCCCUGGCCGUGGUGGCCGUGUCCCUCUCGGGCCUCUUCGCGGUCAUCGUCCUCAUGCUGGCCUGCCUCUGCUGCAAGAAGGGCGGCAUCGGCUUCAAGGAAUUUGAGGAUGCCGAGGGGGAGGAGUAUGCGGCCGACCUCUCCGCCCCGGGCUCCCCGGCCACCGCGGCGCAGAACGGGCCCGACGUGUACGUCCUGCCGCUCACCGAGGUCUCCCUGCCCAUGGCCAAGCAGCCGGGCCGCUCAGUGCAGCUCCUCAAGUCCUCGGACCUGGGCCGGCACAGCCUGCUGUACCUGAAGGAGAUCGGCCACGGCUGGUUCGGGAAGGUGUUCCUGGGGGAGGUGCACUCGGGCGUCCGCGGCUCCCAGGUGGUGGUGAAGGAGCUGAAGGCCAGCGCCAGCGUGCAGGAGCAGAUGCAGUUCCUGGAGGAGGCCCAGCCCUACAGGGCUCUGCAGCACAGCCACCUGCUCGAGUGCCUGGCCCAGUGCGUGGAGGUGACGCCCUACCUCCUGGUCAUGGAGUUCUGCCCGCUGGGGGACCUCAAGGGCUACCUGCGGAGCUGCCGGGGGACGGAGUCCAUGGCGCCCGACCCCCUGACCUUACAGCGCAUGGCGUGCGAGGUGGCCUCCGGCGUCCUGCACCUGCACCGCCACAGCUACGUGCACAGUGACCUGGCCCUGCGGAGCUGCCUGCUGGCGGCCGACAUGACGGUGAAGAUCGGCGACUACGGCCUGUCCCACUGUAAAUACAGGGAGGACUACUUCGUGACCGCGGACCAGCUCUGGGUGCCGCUGCGCUGGAUCGCGCCCGAGCUGGUGGACGAGGUGCACGGCAACCUGCUGGUGGUGGACCAGACCAAGACCAGCAACGUGUGGUCCCUGGGCGUGACCCUCUGGGAGCUGUUCGAGCUGGGGGCGCAGCCCUAUCCGCACCACUCGGACCGGCAGGUGCUGGCUUACGCCGUCCGCGAGCAGCAGCUCAAGCUGCCCAAGCCCCAGCUGCCCCUGGCGCUGUGUGACCGCUGGUACGAGGUGAUGCAGUUCUGCUGGCUGCAGCCGGAGCAGCGGCCCACGGCGGAGGAGGUGCACCUCCUGCUGUCCUACCUGUGCGCCAAGGGCGCCACGGAGGCGGAGGAGGAGUUCGAGCAGCGCUGGCUGUCGCUGCGGCCGGGCGGCGGCCCCGCCCCCGGCCCCCCCGGCCCCGCCCCGGGCGCGGCCGAGCUCCCCGGCGCCUCGUCCUUCCCGCUGCUGGAGCAGUUCGCCGGCGACGGCUUCCACGCGGACGGGGACGACGUGCUGACGGUGACCGAGACCAGCCGGGGCCUCAACUUCGAGUACAAGUGGGAGGCCGGCCGCGGGGAGGGGCUCUCGCCGCCCUCGCCGCCCUCGCCGCCCGGCGGCCCGCGGGAGCUGUGCGCGCCGGGCGGCGGGGCCCCGCCGGGCGUGGUGCCCGUGCUCAGCGCCCACAGCCCGUCGCUGGGCAGCGAGUACUUCAUCCGCCUGGAGGAGGCCGCCCCGGCCGCCGGCCACGACCCCGACUGCGCCGGCUGCGCCCCCCCCGACCCGGACGACGACUCGGACGGCAGCCCCGCCGCCUCGCGGGCCGCGGAGCCUCUGCUGGGCCGCGCGCUGCCCGCCCACCGCCGCCCGCCGGGCUCCCCGCGCCCGCCCUCCCCCCGAGCCCCCAUGCUGGCGGAGUCCGGAGACGAGGACGACGACGCGGACUGGGGUGUGGCCUUCUGCCCGCCCUUCGAGGACCCGCUGGGCGCCUCGCCCUCGGGGAGCCCGGGGGCCCCACCCUCCCAGGACGAGGAGGAGCCGGGGGAGACUGAGUCACGGGGGGCUGCCCACUGCGGACACUGGAGCUCCAACACGUCGGCCAACAACAACAGCGGGAGCCGCGACCCCGAGUCCUGGGACCCCGGCUACGCGGGCAGCUUCACGGACAGCUACGUGGACGAGCCCCUCAGCCCAGCCCGGCCCCCCCCGGCCCCCCCCGAGGCAGGGCCCCCCCGGGACCCGGAGGCCCCGGGAGAGCCUCGGCCCAGGCCCCAGGCAGCCUGGCUCCCCUGGACGGGCGGGCGGGGCGGCCCUCGAGAGGAGCCCACGCCGGCCCAGGAGGCUCAGGACCCUGCGGGUCCCCAGCCGCCCCUCCCUUCCGUCCCUUCCCCCUCGCACGAGGGGGCCCCGCUGCCCGCAGAGGAGGCCAGCGCUCCCCGCGCCCUGCCCGCCUCGCCCACACCGGCCGCCCCCGCCCCCGCCGCGCCCCCCAGUGAGGAGGAAGCCGCCGCGGAGGGCACCUCAGGCGUGCUCACCGACGUGUCUGGGGAUGGCCCACAGGCCGGGAAGCCAGACGCGGCGCCGCCCCCGUUGGGCUCGCUGCCGAAGCAGGCGGGGACCCCUGACUCCCUGGACUCCCCGGACACCCCGUCCGCAGCUAGCGACGGUGGGUGCGAGGUCUCGAGCCCCGCAGCCGCCGACGCCCCGGCCGCCGGGCAGCCCCGUGCGCUGGACAGCGGCUACGACACCGAGAACUACGAGUCCCCCGAGUUCGUGCUCAGGGACGCCCAGGAGCCCAGCGGGCCCGGGGGGUGUGGGGAGCCGGCCUCCGGCGGGGGGAGCCCGGGGCCGGAGACCAGACUCGCCGCCUCCCUGGGCGGCCUCGGCGAGAAGAACCCCUAUCGAGACUCUGCCUACUUCUCGGACCUGGACGCCGAGUCGGAGCCCCCCCUGGACCCCGACAAGGGCGGUGGGGCCCCCGUCUCCCCGUGCGAGCCCGGCCUGAAGAGCCCCGCGCAGCCGUCAGCCCGGGCUCCUCCUGGGCCUGGGGCGCUGGACGCGGCCCCGGGCCCCGAGGAGCCGCCGUCGCCCCGCGGCCGCAGGUCAGCGCCUCCUGGGGCCCCAACCCCCGUCGAGGUGCGGCCCGCGCCCAGUCCCGGCCGCUCCAAGCUCUUCCUGCUGACCCCCGUCCCGCCGAGCGCAGAUGGCGACGGCUUUGCGCGCCUGGGGCACCCGGGACCCCGGCUGGGACCGGCCCCGCUGGGGCGGACAGAGAGCCCCAGCUCCCUCAGAGCCCCGCUCUGCCUCGCCCUCCCCGGCCGCCCGAGGGCCUCGGAGGGCCAGCCGGAGGAGGAGGAGGAGGACAGCGACGACAGCGACGAGUCGGACGAGGAGCUCCGCUGCUACAGCGUCCAGGAGCCCAGCGAGGACAGCGAGGAGGAGUCGCCCGCGGUGCCCGUGGUGGUGGCCGAGAGCCAGAGCGCGCGCAACCUGCGCAGCCUGCUCAAGAUGCCGGGCCUGCUGUCCCAGAGCUUCUGCGAGGACCUGGAGCGCAAGAAGAAGGCCGUCUCCUUCUUCGACGACGUCACCGUCUACCUCUUCGACCAGGAGAGCCCCACCCGCGAGCUCGGGGAGCCCUUCGCGGGCGCCAAGGAGCCGCCCCCCCUGUUCCCGGCGGGCGCGCCCGGCCGCCCGCCGCUCGCCGCCCGCACCCCCGACGGCUCCGCGGUGGAAGAGGGUGGGCUGGAGUGGGACGACGACUUCCGGCUGCUGCGGCCCAAGGCGGCCCCGCCCCCGGACCCGGCCCCGCCCCCCGCGCCGGCCCCGCCCCCCGCGCCGGCCCCGCCCCUCUCGCGCUUCACCGUGUCUCCCUCGCCUGCGUCCCGGUUCUCCAUCACGCACGUGUCCGACUCGGACGCCCAGCCCGCGGGAGGCCCCGUCACAGUUCCUGGGGGCGGCUGCAUGGAGGCCUAAGACGGAGGGGGCGCCACCCGGCGGAAGCUGGCGUCCCGGGAGCCCCUGCUACCCUGUCUAGGCAGCAACCAGGACGGGGACCGGGGAUGAGUGGGGGCCACAGGCCCAGUGGUGGCAGCAGGUCCCAGCGCCAUCCUGGAGAAGCAGGUGGACCAAAGGCCAGUCUGCGGCACUGGCUGCCCCGGGACAGGAGGUGACCGGGACACUGGAGCUGUGUGCCAGCCCGAUGAGGCCCGAGGGCCCCUGGGUGUCUCCAUAGGUCUCCCGCC